AAAAAUAUAAUCGGUUAUCAGUUGCAGACCGUGCCGCCACCUGUAGCAAGUAUGCCAGCCUAUACAAAAUCUACCAUGUCAACGCGAGCGGGUAAUAUAAUGUCGACGGGUAACGUUCCCUCUAGCACUUUCCCGAACACUUCCACCGGUCGCAGUCCGCAUUCUAAUAGAACAGGUAGCCUCACUCAAAAGCGACCGUCGAAAUCUUUAAAAAGGCCGUCGCAAGAAUCAUUGCCUAUGUUUUAUGCGACGCCGCCACGUCGGGCUUCAACUCCAAUUACAAAGGCAGCAAAAAUGAUAGCAACAGCAACAAUUGGGAAGACACCUACCACGACAACAAUAACUGGUGGCGUUAGAAAGUUUCCCAGCUCGUCUAAUACAGGAAUUACCCUUACUAGCAGUAUUCUACCAAUGCCAUCCUCAGAAACCGUUAACAUUAUUGCGAAGGCAACCGUAUCACGGAUAACACGUAAAUCUACCGCAACAUCUAAAAUUACUGUGUUAUCGAAAACUCGCAAUAGUGAUGAGUCAGAGUUCAUAUCACUCGGUGACAAUCAUCGAACGCUUGUGAAACAUGAAGAAAAUGUCGAGGAUUUAGCUGAUUUAUAAACCUUCUCAAUGGCCUGGUCUUCAUAUUCUUUUCUGUCGUUUUACUUGCAAUCUUUGUAUUUUUAGUUUUUAUCCAUUUGAAAUCUUUCACCAUUUUAAUUUUUUUUUUAUUUUAAAAAAAGAAAGUAUAUUCAUUUCUUUUAUUGUACAUACUUAUGUAUAGACGCAGAACCGUAUGAUGUAUACAAAUAUACACAUAUAAUAUUAAUUGAACUUUUGUUAAAUAAAAAAAAUGGAAUUUGAAUUUAAAAACA